AUGGAUUUGUGCGGUGCGUCAAGGCUAUUUAAGGUUCAUGCCUUGGUAGUUAUUGAGAGGAUUCUGCUAAAUCGUCGAUUGUUCGUGUUAUUUUCAUUAUUCAGUAGUUUAUCACUUCUGAUUUUUAUCUUUUAUGCUAAUAAAUGGUUUCUAAAUUAUCAUUAUGCAAAUUGUUUUAUGUCGGCAAAACAGUUCUCGAAAACAGAUAAUUAUUCAUUUAUCAAUAACAACAAUGCUCAUAGUACGGACAGUAAUACCAAGCCAUAUCCUGUUGUUGUCUACAACAGAAUCCCUAAAACAGGUAGCACAUCUUUAAUAAACUUAGUCUAUCAAUUAAUUGAAGAAAAUUACAGUCAUGCACAUGUGAUACACUUAAACAUUUCUUCAAAUAAACAUUAUUUAAAUCGUCUAAAUGAAUUAUAUCUUAUAGAUAAUUUGACACAUUGGACCAGCAUGCAUCCACUGAUUAUACAUGGGCAUUUCGCUUAUAUAAAUUUUAUCAAAUAUGGAUCAUUGUUUAACCCAGUAUAUAUUAAUAUGAUAAGAAAUCCACUAGACAGAUUAGUGUCUUAUUAUUACUUUCUACGAUACGGCGAUGAUUAUAGGCCAUAUCUGAUACGUAAACGUAUGUUUGAUCUUAUGACUCGCAACCAAACAUUUGAUGAAUGUGUUCUUGUAAAUGGUAGUGAUUGUAGUCCACAACUUCUCUGGGUCCAAGUACCGUUUUUCUGCGGACAAGCAGCGUAUUGCAGAAUUCCUGGUAAUCCAGUUGCUGUAGAAACUGCUAAACGUCGUGUGAUUGAAAAUUAUCUUACUGUUGGCCUGACAGAAGAAUUCGAUAAAUUUGUCGACUUGCUAGAAAUACUCUUACCAUCAUUCUUUACCGGUGCUCAUAAUCUAAUAUCUCGUUCAAAGGAUAAGUGGCAUCUAAGACGCACAAAUUAUAAAUUGCCAAUUAGUAAAGCAACAACUAAAAUAUAUCAAAACAAUCCGAUUUGGCAAGCUGAACAAGAGUUUUACAACUUUGUUCGUACGGAAUUUCAUACAAUACUCAAUUCUCUCCAAGGACAGUCUUCACACCAACCACUUUCAAAAUUUUCUGCAUUGUAUAAAGAAAAAAUUAGUUUUGAUAAAAUUCGCCCGAAAUUUGGCGCUUAA